AUGAAAAAUGCUGGCGUCUCAGACUGGGCAGAGAUCGAGUGGAGCACGGUGGAGGAUUUCCGCCGCAUGCUUGAUGUUAACCUGCUGGGCUGCGUUCGGAUGUCAGUUGCAUUUCUGCCGAUGGUUCGUGCCACCAAAGGACGGAUGGUUUACAUGUCGAGCAUCUUUGCCUUCUUUAACUGCCUGAACAAGGCGGCAUACAGCGUGUCCAAGAGGGCGCUUGAAGUGUUUGCUGACUGCUUACAGGUUGAAAUGGCCAGUUUUGAAGUGAAGGUCAGCAUCAUCCAGCCAGGAAACUUUGGCCGAGCCACCGACAUCGUGAAGAUGAAGACGGCAAAAGAAAUCUGGGACAAGUUUGAUGACGAGCGUAAGAAAACUUUCAACUGAGAGUACGUGGUGCUGGCCAAUGAGUACUUCAUAUCCAUUUGCAGGUCAGGCUGCAGGAAUCCUGAGCCAGUCAUCAGAGCCGUGUCUGCUGAGCCCAGAAACCGAUAUCUCGUUGUGCCGAUGACUGACAUGAUUUUCUUCCAGCUGUUUCCUUUUCUUCCCAAUGCUCUGACUGAUGCCAUCUUCUCACUCAGCUCCAUUUAUGCAAAAAGAAAAGUGAUGCUUCACUCUUAG